GAUGAUUCCCGUGACCGAGUUCCGGCAGUUCUCGGAGCAGCAGCCAGCCUUCCGGGUGCUGAAGCCUUGGUGGGACGUGUUCACCGACUACCUCUCUGUCGCCAUGCUGAUGAUCGGUGUGUUCGGGUGCACCUUGCAGGUCAUGCAGGACAAGAUAAUAUGCCUUCCAAAGCGAAUACAGCCUUGCCAGAACCAAUCUAACAGCUCCAAUGUGUUUCACACAAUCCCAGACACAACUCCGCUCCCUCCCAAGCCAUCCACUGCUCCAGCUACUGUUGAAAUGAAAGGAUUGAAGACUGAUUUGGACCUUCAGCAGUACAGCUUUAUAAAUCAGGUGUGCUACGAGCGUGCCCUGCACUGGUAUGCCAAGUACUUCCCUUACCUUGUCCUUAUACACACACUGGUCUUCAUGCUGUGCAGUAACUUCUGGUUCAAGUUCCCUGGAUCGAGCUCCAAAAUCGAGCAUUUCAUUUCGAUACUUGGGAAGUGCUUUGACUCUCCCUGGACAACAAGAGCCUUAUCAGAAGUGUCAGGGGAGGACUCUGAAGAGAAAGAUAACAGGAAGAAUAAUGUAAGCAAGUCUAACACUAUCCAGCCAAGCACCGAAGGCACUUUGGUCAAGACGCAGUCUUUAAAAUCAAUCCCUGAGAAGCUGGUUGUGGAUAAGGGGACACCAGGAGCGCUAGAUAAGAAAGAAGGUGAACAGGCCAAAGCACUGUUUGAAAAAGUGAAGAAAUUCAGACUGCAUGUCGAGGAAGGUGAUAUACUCUAUGUUAUGUAUGUUCGCCAGACUGUACUCAAGGUAAUUAAAUUCCUUAUCAUUAUUGCUUACAACACAGCACUUGUCUCAGAAGUUAAUUUUACAGUAGUCUGUAAUGUUGAUAUUGAAGACAUGACAGGAUAUAAGAAUUUUUGCUGUAAUCACACAAUGGCCCAUCUGUUCUCUAAACUUUCCUACUGCUACCUGUGCUUUGUAAGCAUCUACGGCCUCACAUGCCUUUACACUUUAUACUGGUUGUUCUAUCGCUCACUGAAAGAAUAUUCUUUCGAAUAUGUUCGUCAAGAGACAGGAAUUGAUGAUAUCCCAGAUGUCAAGAAUGACUUUGCUUUUAUGCUUCAUAUGAUAGAUCAAUAUGAUCCUCUCUAUUCCAAGAGAUUCGCUGUCUUUCUGUCUGAAGUCAGUGAAAAUAAGCUGAAACAACUGAACUUAAACAACGAGUGGACUGCAGAUAAAUUGAGACAACGGCUACAGACAAACUCCCACAGUCAUUUGGAGCUACAGCUUUUCAUGCUCUCUGGACUCCCAGACACAGUUUUUGAAAUUACAGAGCUGCAGUCUUUAAAACUUGAAAUAAUUAAUAACGUGAUGAUACCAGCAACCAUUGCCCAGCUGGACAAUCUCCAAGAGCUGUCUUUGCACCAGUGCUCUGUGAAGAUCCACAGCGCCGCAUUGGCCUUUCUGAAGGAGAAUCUUAAGAUCUUAAGUGUCAAGUUUGAUGACAUCAGAGAACUGCCACACUGGAUGUAUGGCCUCAGGAAUUUGGAAGAGCUCUAUUUAAUUGGCUCUCUAAGUCAUGAUAUCUCCAAAAACAUUACACUGGAGUCUUUCCGGGAACUUAAAAGCCUUAAAAUUCUUUACAUUAAAAGUAAUUUGUCCAAAAUCCCACAGUCUGCUGUUGAUGUCUCAAGUCACCUGCAAAAACUGUGCAUCCAUAAUGAUGGCACUAAGCUGGUCAUGCUCAACAACCUGAAGAAGAUGGUCAACCUGACCGAGCUGGAACUGGUUCACUGCGAUUUAGAACGCAUUCCUCAUGCGGUCUUCAGCCUUCUCAGUCUUCAGGAAUUGGAUUUAAAGGAGAACAACCUCAAAUCAAUUGAAGAAAUAGUAAGUUUCCAACAUCUGAGAAAACUGACAAUCCUUAAGCUGUGGUACAACAGUAUAACAUACAUCCCUGAGCAUAUAAAGAAACUCACCAGCCUAGAGCGCCUCUCCUUCAGCCAUAACAAAAUAGAGGUUCUUCCAUCCCACCUCUUCCUAUGCAACAAAAUCAGAUAUUUGGAUUUGUCUUACAAUGACAUUCGCUUUAUCCCACCAGAAAUAGGAGUUCUGCAAAGUUUACAAUAUUUUUCCAUCACUUGUAACAAAGUGGAGAGUGUGCCAGAUGAACUCUACUUUUGCAAAAAGCUUAAGACUCUGAAAAUUGGGAAAAACAGCUUGUCAGUCCUUUCACCCAAAAUCGGUAAUUUGGUAUUUCUCUCCUACUUGGAUAUUAAAGGCAACCACUUUGAAAUUCUCCCAGCUGAACUUGGUGAAUGUAGAGCUUUGAAGAGAACUGGUUUCAUUGUAGAGGACGCCUUGUUUGAAACAUUGCCUUCCGAUGUCAGGGAACACAUGAAAGCUGAAUAACUAACUUCCUCUUGCUCGGUUUUACAGAAAUACACUUCUACCAUAUAGGCUAUAGGAAGUGCAUACUCUGAAUAUGCAUUUAGUGCUAUGUUUAUUUCUUUUUCCUUUUCAAACAAAUCCUGUCUGUACAAACAAGUUUGGAGUAAGGAGUACAUAUAUUUUUAAAUAAAAUUUUCUUGUAUUUUU